AUGACAUGUGUCUAUGACACCUGUGCCAUGACAUGUGUCUAUGACACCUGUGCCAUGACAUGUGUCUAUGACACCUGUGCCAUGACAUGUGUCUAUGACACCUGUGCCAUGACAUGUGUCUAUGACACCUGUGCCAUGACAUGUGUCUAUGACACCUGUGCCAUGACAUGUGUCUAUGACACCUGUGUCAUGACAUGUGUCUAUGACACCUGUGCCAUGACAUGUGUCUAUGACACCUGUGCCAUGACAUGUGUCUAUGACACCUGUGCCAUGACAUGUGUCUAUGACACCUGUGCCAUGACAUUUGUCUAUGACACCUGUGCCAUGACAUGUGUCUAUGACACCUGUGCCAUGACAUGUGUCUAUGACACCUGUGCCCCUCACUGUCACUGA